GUACCUGAAUCCUAAAUGUUGCCGCCCGCAGCUGAUCAGGUCGGCCCAAUGCUGCCAAUCCCCCACUUCAGCUGAGCGAAGCGCCCGCGUUUACGAGGCACGAGGGGCCACUGCCCAGUCCUUGUUUUCCCUCCUAUUUGAUCGCUGACUUGCCUUCUUUUUCUUCUUUUUCUUCUCUUCCUCUCUCCCUUUCCCACCUACUUCGUACUUUGACUUCCAUCGUCAAAUCCGUCAGAUCUUCCCGACAUUCAACGACGUGAGUGCUUUGGUGGGCAUCUAAAAUCUAUCGUGGCCCAGCCGCCCCCCACCACCGACGUCACGGCCCUCGACCAUCGAGGCACCCCGCUUACCCUUCAUUUGACUCGACUAUACCCACCACCCGCGCUCUCACGCGCACGCGCACAACCCCCCAGGCAGUGGAAGCCUGGCUAAAAAUCAAAAAGGAGAAUUGCGCGGAAUACACAGGGGAGCAUCAUGGCUUACCCUAGGUACAGCCGCGGACGCCACGUCCUCACUGACUCGGAGUCUGAGUAUUCCGAGUCGGACUACUCGAUGAUCGAGACGAGCCCUCGCCGGAAAGUGACAACUCGCCGACGUUCCGUCUCCCGCCAACGGUUUCAUCCGAGCUACAGUAAUGCCUACCUUAGCCCUGUCAUACAUGAUUCCCACCUUCAUCGCUCGGCAUCCACCGGCGCCCGUCGUCGCCCGGAUACCAGCCGCGAGCGCAACAAUCAACCCGUCGCCGUCAUCGUCGACGUCAAUAACAGAUAUGACGCCAAAGCUGAUGCCAAGACAGAUGCUAAGAGCGAUGCCAAGAAUGACGCCCGCAACAAGAGUGCCAGCAAGAACCGUAAGCAGGAACACAAGCAGCAGCAGACUUAUAUCGACCCCUUUGAGUCUGAGGAUGAGACCCGGUUGCGGGAUCAUCGCCGAUCUCGGACUCGCCCGAGUAGCAUCUCCCGGGAGGCAUCACCACGGCCGCAUUCUCGUGACUAUGAGCUAGUGAUCGAUCAGCACCUGCUUGGCAAAAAUGAUUCGAAGCAAGACCUAGAGCUCCUGCGUCAGCAGCAGGAGAUCGCACGUCUGGAGCGUGAUCUAGCUCGGCAUCGCGAAUACGCCCAGCACCAAGAGCAUCAGAGGCAUCAGGCUCGUGAAUAUGAGCUCGCGCUGGAUCAGCGACUACUUGAGAAAAAUGAUGUGCGCCAGGACCUGGAGCUUCAACGCCAGCAGCAGGAAAUUGCGCGUCUGGAGCGCGAACUGGCUCGGCAUCGGGAGCACUCCCAGCACCACCAACAACAAUUGCAACAGGUACAGUCCCCGCCGCCGCCGCCAGCGCAGCCGCAGCCGCAGCCACAGCCCCAGCCCCAGCACCAUGAACACCGGGGUCAUCAUGAGCUUCGUCUGUACAGGGACGAGGAGGAGUGGUAUGAGGAUGAAAUCAGUGAUCGGCUGCGGCGGUUGGAGCGGUUUGAGAAAAAGCAGCGCCAGGAAGAAGAGCAGCGUGAGGCGGAACAUCGCUACAAGUUGAUCAAGUUUGAAGAGGCCCAGCGUCAUGCUGCGGAGCAAGAGGAGCUCAAGCAUAAGAUGCGUCAGAGGCAACUUGAAGAGCUCCAACGCAAACUCGAGGAGGACGAGGAGCGCGAGCGCAUCAGAAAAGAAAUCCGCGAUGAGGACGCGAGGAGGAUCCUUGCCGAGCAGGAGCGCUCCCGCAAGGAGGCCGCUAUGAAGCAGGCCGCUAUUGAUGAGUGGAAGCUGAACGAGGAGCGGAGAAUGAUCGCUGAGCGAGAGGAAAGGAAGAGGCGUGAUCACGAGUUCAAGGAGAGACUGAAGCUCGAAUUCGGCUGCAGCGAAGAGCAACUUGAACUGAUCAUCAAGAAGGAUAAGGAGCCUGAAAAGCCAAAAGAGCCGGAGAAAAAGGCGGAGCCCGAAAAGCCAAAGGAGCCGGAGAAAGAGGAGAAGAAGGAGAAGGAGAAGGAGAAAGAAAAAGAGAAGGAACCAGAGCCGCAGCGGACCACUUGGAUCAAGGUCCAUCACAAACAUCUCCUGCCAGAUACCCUCAUUGCCUACCGUCUGCCCUGGGAUUGGGACGAUCUUGACAGCAACUACAUUAUCAUCAAACAAUGGAUCUCCGAAGAUUUCCAGGAGGAGCUCUUCGCGCACACGCGGCGUCUGCGUGAGGGCAAGCUCGUCACUCAGCACUCAAGCACCCUGACCGAACUCAAGGUGAACGACCGAAAGAAGGACAAACUGUAUCUUGUCCGGAAGAAGAACCCGAGUUCCUCCAAGGCCUGGAUCUUCACCUAAACAAGGCCACAACAUCAUUAUAUUAUAUACGCAGUGUGAUACCAUGAUUUGCUUGCUUUGGUCUUGUUUUUUGCGUCGUGUUCUGUUCUGUUUUCGCUUAUAUAAAGACUGUCAAUCCUGUCUUGUCUCAUACAUACGUUGAUGCGUGACAUGUCAUGUCGUUAUGUUGAUUUUCUUUCUUCUCGUGAGUUGGGA